AUGUGUCGCGGCUUAGAAUGGGCUUGUCGCUCCAAUAAAGAUCCCGCAUCAGUCCGACAGAGUGGUGCGGUCUACGACCUCGCCCGCCAGUGGGCCCGUAAAUGCGAUGUCUCGCUAGGGUGCCUUUAUUGUGCCGUCGACGGCGGCGAUCACUGUUGUGCGAGCGUACAAGCGCGUGCCCUACCUCCCACAAGUAUCUGCUGGUGCAUGAAAUGGGAGGCUACACGGUGCGCGGUGUGCAAGAAGGACGCAACGACGAAAUGUCUCUGUCCCAAGAACAGGACGAGUCCGGUCCAGGUGGCAUGCGAGUGCUGUCGGUGCGAUAAGGAGGCUAUCUGUGGGCUGUGUUGGUUGUGCCCAAAAAAGUGCAAGUGUGCGGCGGCGGAGGAGGCGGAGGAGGCGGAGGAGGCCGUGGAGAUCAGCGGGGCGGAGUUGCAACGUUACGAAGAGCGGAGCCGGCAAAUUCAGGAGGAAUCAAGCAAAUUCGCCCCGGGCUGUAGUAUUUCAAGUCCUCCCCGCAAAAUUACCGGCAGCUAUCUCGACCCACAUGACUGCUCUGGCCUGUCCGGGUCCCGGGGCUCACGGUUUAUUCGUACCUCUUUCACCCACAGGACAGUCCGCUCGAUCUCCCAGGUGACGAUGCCAGACCGCAAGAGCUUCAAGUCGAUGCCCUCGUGUCUCGAGCUAGAGGAGGCAGUAGAUUAUCUGAAUCAUGUUCUUUCUGACGUCUGGAAUCCUUCGGUAGCUGAUCAACUUCUUCGAGAGUUCGAUAUCACUGGAGCUAACAAAACCCUCAACUAUCCUGCUAUAGAUUUUGCAGUGAAAAGUCUUGCUCCCGUUGCGAACAGCAGCCUUCACCCUACCAUUCCUGGGUCCCGUGCGGUCGGUCAUGCUCUUGGUGGUAUGGCUGGAGGAUCCACCGAGAACGUAACCGAGGUAUCAACAAAAUAUCGCUUGUUGAUAAUCCAAAGUGCCCCCGCAGUCUCCUUCGGGCCUGGCGAACGUGCCGGAUCGGUAGCCUCUCCCCAAUGCUCCACUCUACUCGCCGAUAUCACCAACAUCCUUUCUAAGGCUCCCCUCCAACGACUACCGCUGGCUGCCUCGCAUAGCAUUCCGUUCACUCUCAAACAAAUCCGUGACUUGAAAGACGACCUUGAUCCCUGA